AUGCCGGGCGGCCGCCGGGGGCUCGUGGCCCCGCAGAACACCUUCCUCGAGAACAUCAUCCGGCGCUCCUCCUCUCAGCGUGAGUGCCAGCCGCAGCUGAAGUGCUACCUCCCCCCCUCCCCCCAACCAGCACUAACCUGUGACCGCUUCUCUGCAGCAGACAGCAGCUUUCUGUUGGCCAACGCACAGAUCGUGGACUAUCCGAUCGUGUAUUGUAACGAGACGUUCUGCAAGAUGAGCGGCUACAACCGAGCGGAGGUCAUGCAGAAAUCGUGCAGAUGCACGUGGAUGUACGGCGAGCUGACGGAGAAGGAAGCGGUGGAGCGAGUGGACCGCGCCCUCGACCACCACCUCGCCGACCAGUUCGAAAUCCUGCUGUACAAGAAGAACCGGGCAGCGCAGCGCGUGACGCGGGUGUCGUGUUGCAGGCACGCCGCUGUGGCUGCUGGUCCACGUGGCGCCCAUCCGCAACGAGCGCGAGCUGGUGGUGCUGUUCCUGCUCACGUUCCGGGACAUCACGGCGCUCAAGCAGCCCAUCGACGCGGACGACCCCAAAGGAGGCCAGUACUCAGCGUCUGUCCCGGCGACUCGCCUCGAGCGCUGCGUGACCGAGUGCGUCUGUCCACAGGGCUGUCCAAGUUCGCGAAGCUGGCGCGCUCGGUGACGCGGUCGCGCUCCGUGCUGGUGUCGGCGCUGCCGGCGCUGAAGGAGCCGCAGCGCGCGAGCCACCUGGCGCAUCUAGUCGUGGCGCGGGCCGAGGCUGAGACGGUCGCGUGUGCGCAGGUCAUGUCGCUGUCGGGCGACGUGCUGCCGCAGUACCGGCAGGAGGCGCCCAAGACCCCGCCGCACAUCCUGCUCCACUACUGCGCCUUCAAGGCCAUCUGGGACUGGAUCAUCCUGUGCCUCACCUUCUACACGGCCAUCAUGGUGCCCUACAACGUGGCCUUCAAGAACAAGACGAGCGAGGACGUGUCGCUGCUGGUGAUCGACUCCAUCGUGGACGUCGUCUUCUUCAUCGAUAUAGUGCUAAACUUUCACACCACCUUCGUGGGCCCCGGCGGCGAGGUGGUCAGCGACCCGAAGGUCAUCCGUAAGAAUUACUUCAAGUCGUGGUUCCUGAUCGACCUGUUGUCGUGCCUUCCUUACGACGUGUUCAACGCAUUCGACCACGACGAGGAUGGUAUCGGCAGCCUGUUCAGCGCGCUGAAGGUGGUCCGGCUGCUGCGGCUGGGCCGCGUGGUGCGCAAGUUGGACCGCUACCUGGAGUACGGCGCCGCCAUGCUCAUCCUGCUCCUGUGCUUCUACAUGCUGGUGGCACACUGGCUCGCCUGCGUCUGGUACAGCAUCGGCCGCUCUGACGCUGACUCGGGUCUGCAGUACUCGUGGCUGUGGAAGCUCGCCAACGUGACUCAGAGCCCGUACUCGUACGUGUGGUCCAACGAGUCGGACGGGCCCGAACUCGUCAACGGCCCGUCGCGCAAGACCAUGUACGUGACCGCGCUCUACUUCACCAUGACCUGCAUGACCUCCGUGGGCUUCGGCAACGUCGCCGCCGAGACCGAUAACGAGAAGAUCUUCACCAUCUGCAUGAUGAUAGUGGCAGGUGCCGGAAUUCUUCUGUUAUUAGCCGGAGCACGGCGCGACCCCCGCGCAGUCGCUGUAGCGGGGGCCGCGCCCUUCCUCCCCCCUCCGCCUCGCCCCCGCACUCCGCACUCGCGUGUGUGUUAG